UCUCUUAAUUAGUGCCCCCACCCCAAAAAUACGAUCUCGGCGUCGUCUGAAAGUUAACCUAGCAAAAACUUACACCACGAAAAAUAUAAACAGAACAUCAAAGAAAAAUGCACGAUUAUAAUCUGACGUAAUGGAAUUCUUUAUAUUUUAAUUGGAAACAAACAAAUUGAAAAGAACUUGGAAAUAUGCGUGAUAGAAAGUAACUCACGUUGUCUUAAAGUUUAUCGCUAAUAUACACUAAAUAGGGUAAACAGUUAUGGAGAAAAUUUGUUACACAUUAGCGCAGCAAAUGGAUGCCUUGAUAUUGCAGAAGAGAUUUUCCGAAAACACGAUUGCCGUCAAAUUAUCGAUAGAAAAAAUAAAUUUGGUUGGACACCAUUAAUGUUGGCAAUUCGUAAUAAACAUAUUAAAAUGGUGAAAUAUCUUUUACAAAAUAAUGCUAACAUAAAUGAAUCAACUUAUUUAGGCAUGUCUGUUUUUGGAUUAGCAGCAGCAAUAAAUAAAACUAUGUUUGAAACUGUAUACGAUGCAUGUCCAGCAACACUCUUAAAUUCUCUAAAUGAUGAUAUUACACCACUUUGUAUUGCUGCUAUGAAAAAUGAUAAAAAUUUAUUUUUUAAAUUGAUAGAGUUAGGAUUUGAUGUUUCCAAAAAUAAUUACUAUACUCACAUUAUGAUGGAACAGUCAAUAGUACCAGAAAUAAGGAACUUAGCAAAAUAUUUUAGCAUGGAAAAUUAUUGGAAUGAUAAUUCGGAUAACAUUCCUACAGAAAAUAAAUCAGUUGAAAAGGACAACUUAAAUUUUUCCAAAUUAAUAAAUGAUAAUAACAAUAAUCUGUCUCCUUCAAAAGUUAUUAUAACAUCCAAUACUGAUGAUUGUAAUAACAAUAUGAAAAAUUCAAAAAAAUUUUUUAAAUCUUUUACAUUAAGUUUACCAACAAAUCAUGCAGAAAAUAUUCAGUGUAGUUUAAUUUCACCUAAUUUGACCCUUAAUGAAAUGUUACCUAGUUCUCCAAAUAUAUAUUUUACAGAAAAUAAAUAUAAUAAGGAAAUUAAUAUUACAAAUGAAACAAAAGAUAAACAGUUAGAUAAAAACGAAGUAGUAUUUCCUUGUGCAAAAAGUAAUGUAAAUGUAAACGAAUUACCUUUGCAGAGAUUGCAGUCUAUUCGACCAUCAGACUUAAAUAUCCAACACAAAGAAGACCUUGAUACUACUCUUGAAUAUGUGCCUGAAUUUAGUCCACUGCGACCAUCAAACGUUCCUCCAAAUAUAAAUGAUGAAAAUGUAUUUGGGGAAAAUACACCAACACCACCACGUUACAGGACACCCCCAAGAGGGAUGAUUUUAAAUCCAGAAGAAGCAAAAAUGUUUGUUUUACUAAAACAUCAUGGAUUAGGUCAACAUUUGCCUAUAUUUCUUGAACAAGAAGUUGACAUUGAUUUGUUUAUGACUUUAACUAAUGAAGAUUUAAUUGAAAUUGGUAUAGAAAGUGAAGUUGAUAGAAAAGCUAUAUUAGAUGUUAUAAUAUAUUAUAAAAAGUCAGACAUAUAAGAAUACAUUUGUUGUUAUUAAUUAUUUUUUA